UAACCCUCAAAACAUAGAACACGAGAAAGCAUUGGAUGUCCAGUCUAUCCUAUUAAUCAGUGGUCUUAUAUCUUGCCUGUGGUGAUAAAUGAUAAGUCUAAUAUUUGACUUGUAAGUGUUAUAUGUCAUUUGUUCAAUGUUCAUUUUGUAAGUGUUUGUGAUAGAAUCAUGAUUCCAAUUUUAAUGACUGAUUUUAGCACACAUUUGUAGCAGCAGUUGAUCAUUGUACUGUAAUAUCUAUUAUAAUUAUGUCUCGAGUGAUAUAUAAGGCGUCAAGUAUACAGAGAUUGCAAUGGAUAUUUCAAAGAGCUUAUUCACAAGAAAAAUUUCCAAAAAUUACAACUCACUACACUAUUGUACCCAGAGAAUCAGAUCCAAGAUGGAAAGAUGUAAAUAUGGAAAGAUAUGUAGAUGAAACAGAUAUUUUAAUUGUGGGAGGUGGUCCAGCUGGGUUAUCUGCUGCAAUUCAAGCACGUAAAUUAGCAAAAAAGCAUGGAAAGGAAUUGCGAGUUACACUUGUUGAAAAGGCUUCUACUAUUGGUGGUCAUAUUCUUAGUGGAGCUUGUUUAGAUCCAGUAGCUUUAAACGAAUUAUUUCCAAAUUGGAAGGAAUUAGGUGCACCGUUAAACACUUCUGUGACAGAAGAUAAAUUUGCAUUUCUCACUGAAAAAGGCAGAAUACCAAUACCUAUUUUAAAAGGAAUGCCAUUAUAUAAUCACGGGAACUACAUUGUUAGAUUAGGUCAUGUUGUAGUCUGGCUUAGUGAACAAGCUGAAGCUGCAGGUGUCGAAUUAUACCCUGGAUAUGCUGGUGCAGAAGUACUUUAUCAUGAAGAUGGAUCUAUUAAAGGAAUAGCUACAAAUGAUGUUGGUAUUGCUAAAGAUGGUUCACCAAAGAAUACUUUUGAACGUGGAAUGGAAUUACAUGCAAAGUGUACAAUUUUUGCAGAAGGUUGUCAUGGUCAUCUUACAAAACAGAUUUCAAAGAAAUUAAAUCUUAGAAAAGAUUGUGAACCACAGACUUAUGGUAUAGGAUUAAAAGAGAUUUGGGAAAUUAAUCCCAAAAAACAUAGACCUGGUACCGUUGAACAUACUAUUGGUUGGCCACUGGAAAAAGAUACUUAUGGUGGAUCCUUUUUAUAUCAUCUUAAUGAAGAUACACCACUUAUUGCUAUUGGUUUCGUUGUUGGUUUAGAUUAUUCUAAUCCUUACUUACAUCCAUUUAAAGAAUUCCAGAGAUUUAAACAACAUCCAAGUAUUAAACCAAUACUUGAAGGUGGGAAGAGAAUUGCAUAUGGUGCAAGAGCUAUAGCAGAAGGAGGUUUUCAAUCUAUUCCUAAGCUUCAAUUUCCUGGUGGUUGUCUUAUUGGUUGUACAGCAGGAUUUCUUAAUGUUCCUAAAAUUAAAGGAACACAUAAUGCCAUGAAGAGUGGGAUGCUAGCGGCAGAAAGUGUAAUUGAGGCUAUAAUUGAUGCAGAAAGUAAUUCAUCGCAAACAAAAGGUUUAGAACCAAAAUCUUAUACUGAUAAAAUACAAAAUAGUUGGAUUUAUAAAGAACUAAAGGCUGUAAGGAAUAUAAGACCAAGUUUUCAUACUCGGUUUGGUAUUUAUGGGGGUCUGCUAUAUUCUGGAUUUUCAAUGAUGAUCGGAGGAAGAGAACCAUGGACUUUGUCUCAUGGAGGUCCAGAUUAUAGAAAGUUGAAACUAGCAUCGGAAUGUAGUCCAGUAGAAUAUCCAAAGCCAGAUAAUGAAAUAUCUUUUGAUUUACUAUCUUCAGUGGCACUUACUGGUACAAAUCACGAAGCUGAUCAACCUCCACAUCUUACUUUAGUUAAUGAUGCUUUACCAGUAGAAAGAAAUUUAGCGAUAUUUGCUGGGCCAGAAGGUCGAUUUUGUCCUGCUGGUAUGUACAUUUAUAAACAUAUUUAAUUAAACCUUUAAAUGUUAUAUGUUAGAUGUUUCUGAAAAUUAUAAUGCAUUGUUCACUAUAAGUAAUCAUGCUCGGCUAAAUUUUAUUGAAAUAUUGAAUGAUUAUAUUUAUUUAAAUAUUAUCGAAUUUCGAUAUAAAUAGUAAAUAAUUAUACAGAAAAAGGAAGUCAUGUUCUGUUUUGAUGACUUUGAAAUAUAUUAUCAAGAUUAUCAUUCUAAAUAACUUUUUCAUAUAUAAUAUAUAAUAAACGAUCUCUUUUAGUUCCUGAGAUAUUCGCAAAAAUAUGUUUACCACUAUGUAUAUUAAGUGCUGAAUAUUUAUAAAGAUUUUCUCUUAAAUUAAAGAUAAUUAUUUACAAAAAAGAAGUUAUUUUUGAUUUUGAUAAUUUUUUUAACAUGUUAAAAUUAGUGUUAAAAUUACUCUAAUUGUACUGUAAGUAGUGUACUGAAGAUUUUAGCUGGUAAUCACAGUUUAUUAAGAAGUUAUUAUCAAAGAAAGUUAUGCAAAAAUACAUAAUUUUUCGCGCAAUAAACAAUAUUUAUGUAUUAUGAACAUGAAGUGAAAGCGUGAAUAAGAGAGGCAGAAAACUUGAAAACACAUUUUAUGGUCAUUGAAAUCGGCUCUGUUUUUUUAUAUAUUUAUUAUUUUAUUUAAUUUAUAUCUCAUUUAAUAUAUCUCAUUAAUAUAUUUAUAUGUUAUGAAUAUGAAUUAAGUAUAGAGAGUGAAGUAAGGGGUUAAAUUUGGUAUAAAAUUUUAAUUUUUUUAAGAAUGAAGAAAGAUCAAAAUUGA